GCCGUCGCCUAACUAACCUGGCUCAGUUUAGAGAUUAGCAUUGUAAAAGAUUGAAAAACAGAGAGAAGAAGCAGAGGAAUUUGUAUCGAAGAAUGGUCGAGUCUGUUAAAGUAAACGAGUUGGAAGUCACCUUAAAGCCUUUCUAUCGAAGAGCUUCUGAAGCUGAGGAACGCUUAUCUAGACUUGAAGCUGCCAUCAAUAGUAGAAAAGAUACCGAGAGUGGGGAACAAUUGAAAGUGGUUAAUGAUCUACAGUCAAAGCUAGAAGUUGCGAAUGCUGAGUUAAUUUCAGAAAAACGGAAGGCUCAGGUGCUUGCUGCAGAAAAUGAAAAACUUCAAUACCGUAUAAUUCAUCUUCUGCGAUCACUCAAGAAUGCUGAUCUGAAAUUAGAGCAAGUCAAAGCACAGGAACAGCUAGAGAGCUUGAAAUUGCGAGAUUCUUAAACUUCUGAUCUCAAAUAGGCUACUGCUCGUUUGUAUUUUUUAUUUUUUUUUGGUUUAAGUAUACUAUGUGUUCUUGAUGAUACUGAAUAUGUUUGGCCUUGCUGGUUUUAGCAAUAUAGAAUUCAGAUUUUUUGAUUGCCUUGUAAAUUACUUAAAUUGCAAUGCUCGAUCGAUAUUUUUAUUUUUUUUCAA